GACACCCUCAGAAUGGAAAUCCUCAAAGUGGAAAUAAUUUGUGAUGCAUGAAAUGCGACACCAAAAAGACUGUAUUGCAGAGAACGCCAUGGAGGCUGACUACUGUGCUGCUACGGGUUCAGGAUUGGGCUGCUGAUUAGCAUGAGAGAAGCGCACCCCUUUGCCUAACGAGCAUGACAAACACGUUUUCCACAGAUGUAUGUAGUGACGUCAGAUCAGAUGACACAGAUGAUGACGGCUGGACGGAUUUUUUGUUUUUCAAUACACUCAUACAAAUGUUGCGACAAUUUCAAUCGACAAAGUUGAAAUGAUUUGCCAUGCAUAAAAUGCGACACAAAGACUGACUCUAUUGCUGAAGGCGCAAGGGAGGCAGAUUCUAGUGCUGGUAAGGGUCAAGAAUUGGGCUGCUGACUAGCAUGACAGGGAGCAGCCAUCUUGCCCUAAACAACAUGACAGACUUGCUUCAGAGGCCAGGAAAAUUUGUCAUGCGCCGAUUGGAAACUGUGGGUCCAACUGGUAUAGAUUUUACGCAUCACAAAUUAUUUCAACUUUGUCGAUUUCAACUCUGACACAUCCAUACAGGAGUCAGAUUCAGAUAUUCAUCCCGUCUCCGAAGCUGCGAGCUACUCCGCGGAAAAGUUUUCCCAUUUUGUCGUAGAAACCGGAAUGGAUUUCUUCAUGAGCUGUGUUUGCGGAUUAUGCAAUACAAACUUCCCGUAGCCCCCGUACAUGUACAAAAUGCAUGACAAAUUUCGUCAACUUGCAGUUGUGUCCAACUUCUCUUUGUCAUGCUAAACUAGGAUCGAAACCCAGUUUUGUCAUGCAGCGACUGCAUUUGUACGUGGACGUCGGGAAAUUUACCGUGGAUACGGAUGUUUGAAUUGUGGCGAUUUGAAAACCUCCAUGGCCUUCGGGAAUUUUCAAGAAGCCGGAACUAGGUUAACCUUUGGCGACGCGGUGAUCGGAAUGAUGCUGGCGCUAUCCAGGAAAAAACACCCAUCCCCAUCCAUUUCUUGCAUGGCGAACACUGCAAAUUAUGCAUGUUUUGCAUGACAAAUUGGAAAAUUGGAAAAUUGGAAUUUGAUUUCAGACGACACAGAUGAUGACGGCUGGACGGAUUUUUUGUUUUUCAAUACACACAGAGGAAACAGUA